ACAGACAAAGUGCCCCCUCAAGCGAAAGUGUGGAAAGUCGCAGUGAAAGUGGCGGCUGCCGUUCUCCCCCUGGUCCUUUUGAAAUGUUGUUAUCCCGGAGAAAGUGAAGUGAGAGACACAGCACUCAAAGAUGGCCAUCUUGGAGUCUUGUUGCUUCUGGAAGAAUGUGCGGAUGGGCAGCUUUGCCUGUGCCAUCUAUACAUUGAUUUACUUUGGCUUCUCGACGUUAAUGUUCCUGUUCUACCUGCGCGAGGAACAGGAGUUUCUGUUGGGCCAACGCUCAGAGCCUGCGGGCGAGAGUAUGCUGGAGAAGGGGGAUGUGACUGUAGUGACUGUGAUAUUCAACGUUUUCUUUCUGUUUUGCUCCGUGCUGAUGGUGCUAUCCUCGGGACUGAUGAUAGUAGGUCUCCGUCGGAAUAAGCGUCAAUUGCUGAUACCCUGGAUCUGCUUCAUGCUGGCCGACCUGCUCAUCGAGUGCUCCCACCUGAUACACCUGACCCUCUCCCGGCGCGUCAUAUUCGAUCCGAUUGUGGGCUUUAUCUUCACCAUAGACUUCUUCAUCCUGUGCCUCAAUCUCUACUGUCUGCUGUGCGUCAUCUCCCAGUAUCAGGCCUAUCGGGCCCAACGAUCGGAGCAGCAGGAGAACCCCACCACAUCGGUAAGUCCUGUUGUGGUAUUCACAGCAGCAGAAAAACUAAGCAAAACCCAGCAACAGCACCAACAGCAACAGCUGCAGCAUCAGGCCCAGCUCCUGGGGGACGGAUCCGGAAAUGGUAAGCGCCAGUCGCGCCGUAUGCUGGGUGCCGCUAGUCCCCUGAUAACAUCCCAGCGAUUGACGAACUUCUCCACCAUCACCGAGGAGGAGGAGCAGCAGUCCCGAGCAGGCCACAGCAAUGGUCACCUUUCGGACCAGCCAGGCUCCAGUGUGGCGGAACCGGAGCUGGAUAUGGACUCGGGAAAUGGAGAGCUGCAGGUGACAAAGCAAAUAAUUACUUUGGAUUCAGUGGAGAUGGCAGAAAUCCAACACUGAGUUUGGAUUAUGCAAGGAACCAGCAUUUCCCAUCCCCCCACCCAAUCUAGAUUUUAGCCAACAAUUCCCGGUGGAAUUUUAUUCAGAAAUGAGAUAUUUUUACAAAUGUUUGAGAGAGAUGUGAUGCGAGAAUA